AUGCAGAACUACGGACAAGCACCAGGCUAUCAACAGCCAGGAAGCGCAACGGGCUUCGCAGGCCAGCAGAGCGCGCCUCCGCCAGUACCGCCGCCCCCACCGGGCUAUGGAGCUUCGCAAGGAUACCAGUCUGUUGCUCCCCAACCGCACGGUCAAUGGAUUCCCUCCACGCCCACGCCAACUCAGACGUCGAGCCCAUGGAGCCAAUCGCAACCUCAAACUAUGGUGGGAUACAAUCCGGGCACAUAUGGAGCGAUAUCAGGCGCACAACGGCAAUCAUAUGCUCAGCAACAAGAUGUGCCUCCUCCUCCUCCCCCGAAACCAUACGGCUUUGCGGCGGCAAUGCAACGACAAGAGCAGCAGCAGCAGCAGCAGCAGCAAAAUUGGGCCCAGCAGCCUCAGCAGCAUGCCAACUUCACACCUCAACCCCAACAAGGAGGAUAUACCAAUCCGGGUCCUCCGCAGCCGACAUAUCCCUAUGUAGCUCCUCCGCCACCACAUGCAGGAAGACCAAGUUCGAUAUAUGGUGCAAUUCAGACACCGUCAACCCCAAAUGCUCCACCGGUGGCUUCUCAGCAAGCCCAUGCAAAUAUCAUUCCAAACGAACAGCAGCCAGCAUAUGCCCCACCAUCUAUGCAUGGAACAAGCGUACAAGAGUACAUGUCACCUAAUGCCAAUCUAACAAAUAGUAUUCAUGGCCCUCUUCCGUCGAAUGCCCCAACAUGGCAGCAGGCACAACAACAACCGCUACAGGGGGACACAAGCCAGUUCACUUACACGAGGCCGGCUGCGGAUCAGAAUCCUUACGUGCAGGGAAACCAGAGUACACAGCCUUCAUAUCAAGCAGGGCAACCUCCGCCGCUUCCGCCGCGCGUUGGACAGCAGACGGGACAAGCUGUGCAAAAUCAACAACCCCAGUACCAUCACUACGGACAUCAAGCACAGACGCAGUAUCCACCGCAGACCCAGACACCUCAAUCAUAUCAAGGCCAAGCCGUCCCUGCUAGCCAGCAGCAGCAACAGUCAUUUGCGCAGACACAGCAUCCACAAAGUCAACAUCAGCAGCAGCAGCAACCACAACCGCCGACGUACGGACAAACUUCUCACGACCAGCAGGCCAGUUCCUUCCCACAACAGACACAGCCUCAAAAUCAGUGGCAGCCCCCACCACCUCCAGAUCCAGCUUACAACCAUCACGUUGCACAACCAUCUUAUGAAACUCCACAGAUACCACAGCCAGCCCAAGCCCCAAAUCUCAACCAGCAGUAUCCUCAUGUGCAAAACCAACCCGCUCAGGAGUCGACUUCAUCCAGCCAAACUAACCCUGUCUCAUCAAGCCCCUAUGAAUCACGUCCAAACAGUCAGCCAGUCUCGCCAAUAUCGAAUCGACCCAGUCUCAGCUAUCCCCCUGGGCAGAAUCCGCGCUAUAGCCGUGCCGACUCUAUAAACUCCGUUGCUUUCGCCAAAUAUUGUGCCCAACGUGCUGAAAACAAAACGGCGUCUCCAAAACCUACUCUACAAAAGUUUUCAACGCCGCCUCCACCGCGUGACGACAAGUCAACAUUCAGUGCAUUGGCCGCUGGCGGCCCUUCGGAUUGGGAGCACUUGGGUGGCAGUGAGGAGAUUGAUGACGAAGACCUUUUUCGUACGAAGCCGGAGAGAAAAGGAACUGAGAUUUCCCAACCAGAUAGCAUUGAACUGCCAGCCCACGUUCCAUCCCCUCCGUCAACGCACGGCUUUCCAAGUCCUGCAGUAUACCCCACACACCCAGGAUCAAGUGAUUCAGUAGACAGAUACAUGCCUACACCUCCUUCCGUCGUGGCACAUCCCAGCGAGCGACGUUCGCCAAGUUCCACACCAGAGGGUUUCGUCGUAGAAGAUGCGAUCGUGGCGCCGUUGAGAACUACCCCUAAACCCACAGAGAGUACACGGCAUCCUCGAGAUCGAUUCUUGCACGAAGCGCACUCAAAUGGUAUGGCGAGCCCUGCUGGUCCCGGUUAUGCCGCAGAACUCAAGGCAAAAGACGAGCUCAUCGAUCAAUUGCGGGCAGAGCUGCAACAGCAGACUGAUCAGCGCCGUACCGAGUCCGAGAUGUUCAAGGCUGAAAGAGAGAAAUUUGAAUCUGAAUUCGAGGCCGCAAACAGCCACGCAGCGGAUGAGCGGGAUGUUCUGUUAGCGCAACUUGAGAGCAUGAGGUUGACAGCAGAUCAAGCUAGUGCUAAUUCUGAGGCCGUGGUUAAAGAGAAAGGUCUAACUAUCGACAGACUGAAAGAAGACAUGGAGGGGAAGGAGAAUAACCUCGAAGAGCGUGACAACACCAUUGCCGAGUUGAGACGCCAACUCGAAGACGAAAAGACGAAGGAGCUGCCGAAGCCAGCUGCAGCAGAUCUCAUUCCAGACCUUGAUCCGUGGUAUGUAGGCUCAUUAGAGAGGUACAUUGCUAUGCUCCGUAGCGAGGCAAUGGAGCCACAGGUCCAAGAAAAGAUGAAGAUAUUCAAGACUUUUGUCAAAGCUGAGGCGGGUUUCAGAGGAAUCUCACUUUUUGACGCCCUGCCUCAAGUGCCAACAGUUGAACCAGCGGCUUCGAUACAACCUGAGCGAGAUUCGGAACCCCACAGCAACUCAAAUAGCUUUAAUGCAAGACGGGAUCUAAAAGUGCAAGUCCUGCCGGACACAGCGCAACAUGAUGACUAUGAUUAUAGUCCAGGCGGAAGGCCCAUCAUAUCGCGGAAACCAACAUUACCUCUUAUGGAUAUUCCGCAGAUGCAGCCCCAAACUGCGCCUUCUGUGCAAUCCACCACUAUUCUGACCCCAACAAGCUCAAUCGAUGAUGACAUGAACAAAACACCGAUUCAGUCUCAUCCUGAAGAACCGUCACAAUCACAAUACAAAGCCUAUGUGCCACCAAUCAGAAACCCUGAAGACCCCCCGCCCUUGCGACAUAGGCAAACGAUGUCUUUCAUGAACGUACCAAGCGGAGUUUCGUCAUCAGGCCUUCACAAGGGUCAUGAUGAGAUCUUCUUUGGAGCAGGUGAGCCGAAUACUCAUGCGAACAAUCCUCCCCAUGGUGAGAGCGAUGAUUCUAUUCCCCCAUUGAAUAUAAAGUCACAAGGCCAAACCUCAGUCACACCUCCGCACGAAAACGAUCCCAACAAAUACCUGGCCAGACUUCUGCCACGACAGCUUGAGGGUGGACCCAGCCGUCAAAUCCAGAAGCUCAGAGCCAAACUAUCAGAUGUAGCAAACGGGCUUGUCAAGAUGGAAGAGCUUAUGGGUACAUGGGAAAAGACAACAUCUCUCAACCGGCGGAAAAAUGACGAUGCACGUCGGAAGCGCCAGGAAGAGAACGAGGAGCACAAUGACGAUCUCUUCAACAAUGAUGAAAUCUCAUAUGCGGAAAUGAAACAAUUGGAAGAAGAAUUCAAGAAGAAGGAGGUAGAGCUGAAGACACAAGAGGUGCAGGAGGAAUACAAGAGCUACAUGGAGACCGUGUUCAACCCAGUCUAUAACGGGCUUCAAGCAGAAAUCAGGCAGCUAAUGAAUCUAUACGACGAGGCCCAGCAUCUCCUCCAAACGUCCGUGUCCGGUAUCAAGAGUCUCGAAGGCGGCGAUCCCCCCAGCACUGAAGACUGUCUCGAGUUUCUAGAAGAAAUAUACAAACAAGCCGAAAAGCGGCACGAAGGCAUCGUCCGCAUCGUCGCCGAGCGCGACCGCCUUUACAAGAAAACCGAGGUCCAGCCCCUCUACGCCGCCGGCAAGAUCAGCGCAAUGAAAGACCUAGAAAAGCAUUUCGAAGCCGCAGAGAAACAGGCUGUCCUUAAUGCCGAACGCGAAAAGGAACGACGUAUCAGCCAUCUCGUCAGCUUCGUAGAAGACUUUGUCGUUGAUGCCCUGAGCACCGAACACAACGAGAUCGACAACAUACUUGCUGCUAUCAAGCGUCUGGAUGACAGCACCGGCAACGCAGAUACCCUUUCCCAUGCGCACUCUGCCCUAGAAGCCCUCAAACACUCUUCCAAGGCACUACUUUCUCUCUUCAAUGACCUCGAAAUCGAACUUAACAGCGCCGCCGCAGACGCCGCCAUCGCGCAGGCCGAAAGCGACAAGAGCGGUGCGGCGCGGGUGCGCGAGUUGCAGGCUGAGAAGAAGGAAGCAGAGAAGAAGUUGGUAGAUGAGUAUACGCGCAGAGUAGGGGUUUUGGAAAGUGAUGAGGGGGCAAUUAAGGAGUUGGUUGAAAGGAAAACGCUCAAGGAGAAGAAAGGGAAUGGAGACGGUGGUAAGGAGGAGCGAUUGCGUAUGGCGCUUGAAGAGGCGAAGAGGAGGAAUGGGCAUGCUUGAUUGAGAUAUUGAGGAUUUGAAAAUCAAAUUGAGUCUAAUGAUGGGAAACAUUUUGAUAUAAACAGCCGGAGGGUUGGGGGUGGAAUGUUUCUUUUUUUUUUAUUUCAAGCGCUCUUAAAAUUCCUGCCAUCUCCAACUAUAAUUUAGUAGCAGUUACUAAUUACCCCCAAGAAAUAAUCAAAUUCGAUCCUAAUCACGGACAUUCUUCCUCGCCCGUCGUUGCCACGUGCA